AUGAAGACGAUACUGAGUAAAUCAGACAAGACACUGGUCUCCUUCGCUCGUAUAAAUCCCUUGCUCCUGCCUUGUUCUCCUCAGGGCUUCAAGAACGUCUACCACAAGGAGGAGUACCACCACAACAAGAAGUUCUACGACGACAGCGACAAGAAGAAGUACCACAGCAAAUACGACGACUUCGACGCCUACUUCAAGGGCCACAAGGGCAACGACUACAAGGGAGGCCACUACAAGGGAGGACAUCACCACGACAAGCACGGCCACAAGGGGCACCACGAGAAGGGCAAGUACCACGAUGACCACAAGGGCCACAAGGGCCACUACGGCGACAAAGGCCACUACGGACACAAGAGUUCCUACGGCAAGAAGGGAGGACACAAGGGGUCGUAUGGCCAUGACGACCACAAAGGAUAUGGCCAUGAUGAUCACGGUCAUGGUGGAUAUGGCCACGAUGACCAUGGUCAUGGCGGCGGAUAUGGCCAUGACGACCACAAAGGAUAUGGCCAUGAUGAUCACGGUCAUGGUGGAUAUGGCCACGACGACCAUGGUCAUGGUGGCGGAUAUGGCCAUGACGACCACGGUCAUGGCGGCGGAUAUGGCCACGACGACCACGGUGGUUACGGUUCUCACUCGAAAGUCAAGCCAGUCAUUGCCUCGCCCGCCUCGGCCAAUGGCGCCAGAGCGCUUCCUUCGUCGAACCACAAAGUUUCUAGUCAAUCUUUUAAGGAAUUUGGAGAUUUUGCCAAGUUUACAAAAGUAAGUGCUUGA